UUUCCUCUCUUCCCAGCCCCCCUCUCUUGGCCCGGACCCUGGGAGCGCGAGAGGGUUUGGGGUGGGUUUUUUUUUUUUUUGCAACCAUUUGCCUCUUGCACUGGGCGUAAGGAAGCGGUGGUGGGUUCGUGCAUGGGGGGCCCGGCUGCCUGGCCCCCCAGUGAAUGCAAUAAACAAUAAUCAUCCUUACAGGGGGAGAGAGAGGCGUUUCCCUCGGAGCAUGCAUCCAUGGGCGGACUGAGGCCGGGAGGCGGCGGCGGGGUCGGUGUUGCAAGAAGACCCCUUGGCAGCAGAUGGGAUUUGUGCCUUAUUUGAGGAUCUCCUGGGCAGUCCCUCUCCCCAGUUGUGCCGCUGUCUGGGGGAGAAGGAGGAGGAGAAGGUGGGGAGGAAGCUGCCUUGAUUAUUUUUGCUGCUGCUUUGCUUUCCCGGAUUCCCACACACCGAGGCGGUUUUUAAAUCUGGAUGAUUAUGCAUGGAAAAUCGCCCCCUCCCUGUAAGGAACCAACGCGUGCGGGCAGCCAGCUCCCCGUGAGCCUGCCUGCAAUUGUGCCUUAACUUGUGCGUGUAUGUGGGGAGGGGAGCGGAGCUGUUUUCCUUGCGUUUGAUUCCCCCCCCCCUUUGGAGGGGAAUCAGUGAUCAUCUGGGAUUUCCACCUCCAGCAAGUCAAUUCUGCCCCGACGGCUGGAUUUCCUCUUCUUGCAUGGGGAGAAGCGGCGAGCUGGUGGAGAACUCUCGGGCUUGGUUUUUAUGAUUAUUUGGGGGGGCCCGUUGCUUUGAGCCCCAGCCCGGCUCGCGUGUGUGCCUUCUACGCUGCCCCUCCCAGGCUCCCUGCCUUUGGAAAUUGGGAUGCUACCGAGUUUCAGGCGACGCUGACACUUCGCUCCGCGGGCUCGUGAUCCUGGAAGUGGGUUGAGAAUAUUGCUGCACAACUCACCUUGACGGAAUUGUCAAUCCCCCCCCGGUCAAAGAACAGAAGCCUGGGAUCUAGUUUUGUGUCGUUGCUAAACAGAAGUGGGGACAGCUGCCUGGUAUUGCAGGGCCACAAAACCAUGUCUGCUAAAGAUAACCCCUGCAGGAAAUUUCAAGCCAACAUUUUUAAUAAAAGCAAAUGUCAAAAUUGCUUUAAACCUCGGGAAUCCCAUUUGCUCAAUGAUGAAGAUUUAAACCAGGCAAAGCCCAUCUACGGUGGUUGGCUGCUGCUGGCACCAGAAGGGACGGACUUUGACAACCCUGUGCACCGUUCCCGGAAAUGGCAGCGCCGGUUCUUCAUCCUCUACGAACAUGGUCUGCUGCGCUACGCCCUGGACGAGAUGCCCACGACCCUCCCCCAGGGCACCAUCAACAUGAACCAGUGCACGGAUGUUGUGGAUGGGGAGAGCCGGACGGGGCAGAAGUUCUCCUUGUGCAUCCUGACCCCUGAGAGAGAGCACUUCAUCCGAGCUGAGAACAAGGAGAUCAUCAGUGGGUGGCUGGAGAUGUUGAUCGUCUACCCGAGGACAAACAAGCAGAAUCAGAAGAAGAAGAGGAAGGUAGAGCCCCCAACCCCGCAGGAACCUGGCCCCGCUAAGAUGGCUGUGACCAGUAGCAACAUUCCUAAUGCAGAGAAGGUCCCCACUACCAAGUCCACACUCUGGCAAGAAGAAAUGAGGGGCAAAGAUCAACCAGAUGGGAGCAGUAGCAUCAGUCCAGCCCAGAGCCCCCUGCAGAGCCAGGCCAUGCCUGCCAGCUCCCUGAAGGAACCUGUGUUGGAAAGGAAAGAAGAUGAGAGCUCCAUGAAUGGCGACAGGAUAGACUGUGGGCGGAAGGCGCGUGUUGAGAGCGGUUACUUUUCCUUGGAGAAGACCAAGCAAGACUCGAAGUUGGAAGAGCAGCAGCUGCCACCUCCACCAUCCCCUCCCAGCCCCAGCACCCCGAACAACAGGUACAGUUACCCCAAAUCACCCUCCCAGGAGCACAGCCACCCCUUUCCUUCCCCAGGUACCAGCUCAAACAGCCGAAUGGUUUCCAGCUUCUCACUGAACUCCCUGGAUUCAAAGAGUACUUACCCCACGUGCAAGGACUCCAGCUGCAGAGACGAGGGAAGGGGAGCAGAAAGAACGGACCUCUCCCUUUCCUUCAAAGCCAGUCGGCAGUACGCCACCCUUGCCGAUGUUCCCAAGGCCAUUAGGAUCAGUAACCGGGAGGCCUUCCAGGUGGAGAGGAAACGGCUGGAGCAGAGGACCCGGGCCCGCAGUCCUGGAAGGGAAGAAGUGGCCCGGCUCUUUGGCAACGAGAGAAGGCGGUCCCAGGUAAUUGAAAAAUUUGAGGCAUUAGAUAUAGAGAAUGCAGAGCAUAUGGAAACCAAUGCGUCCGCAGGCCCCUCCCUUUCCAGCGAGACACGUCAGGGCAGGAGCGAGAAGCGGGUUUUCCCCAGGAAACGGGACUUCACCUCUGAACCUGCAGCAGUAGGAGCCAUCCUGGAAGUCUCCGCUUCUCCUUUAUCUCCACACCGUAGAGCAAAAUCACUGGAUAGAAGAUCCACUGAGUCCUCUAUGACGCCGGACCUCCUGAACUUCAAGAAGGGAUGGCUGACGAAGCAAUACGAGGAUGGGCAGUGGAAGAAACACUGGUUUGUGCUGACGGAUCAGAGCCUGAGAUACUACAGGGAUUCCGUGGCAGAGGAAGCAGCUGAUUUGGAUGGAGAAAUUGAUUUGUCUACAUGCUAUGAUGUCACGGAAUAUCCAGUUCAGCGAAACUAUGGCUUCCAGAUCCAUACUAAAGAAGGGGAAUUCACCCUCUCUGCCAUGACCUCUGGGAUUAGACGAAACUGGAUCCAGACGAUUAUGAAGCAUGUUCGCCCCACUGCCGCUCCAGAUGUGACCAGGAAAAACUUCUCUUUGAAACUAUCGGUGCUGAAGCCCAGCUCCUUGCCGGAAGAGAAAAGCAAAACCAGCUCUUCCUUUGAGACCUGUCCAAAGCCAAGUGAGAAGCAGGACUCUGACCAAGCUGAGAUGGAUCCUGAGCAGAAGCGGAGCCGUGCUCGGGAGCGCAGGCGAGAGGGGCGCUCCAAAACCUUUGACUGGGCCGAGUUCCGCCCCAUUCAGCAAGCCUUGGCGCAGGAGAGAGCCAUUGCUGCAGAGUCCUCGAAGAGCAGCUCCACGGCCUUCCCCAGGGAACCCAGCGCCCUGGACACAGACCCCGGGGAGCUGGAACGGGAACGUGCUCGGCGGAGAGAGGAGAGGCGCAAGCGCUUUGAGAUGAUCGAUGCUGUUGAUGGGGCAGGCCCAGAGGAUGUGUUGAGGAUGGAGGUGGACAGGAUCCCAGGCCUACCCAUCACAGGGGAGGUGAAGCCACAGAAUGUUCAUGUAGAGAUCGAGCAGCGAUGGCACCAGGUGGAGACGACCCCUCUGCGGGAGGAGAAGCAAAUCCCCAUCAUGCCCCUGCACCUGGCCCAACCGGAAGACAGAGAUGACGGGAUCCACAAGCAGCAGCUAAACUCACUGCUGGAGAAGGAGUUGGAGCAGAGCCAGAAGGAGGCAUCAGACCUCCUCGAGCAGAACCGGGUCCUGCAGGGCCAACUGAAGGUGGCACUGGGCCGGGAGCAGAGUGCCAGGGAAGGCUACGUGUUGCAGACCGAGGUGGCAGCCUCACCAUCGGGUGCCUGGCAGAGGCUCCAUAAAGUCAAUCAAGACCUCCAAAGUGAGCUGGAAGCCCAAUGCCAGCGUCAGGAGCUGAUCAAUCAGCAGAUCCAGUCACUGAAACGUAGCUAUGGUGAGGCAAAGGAUGUGAUCCGGCACCAUGAAGCCGAGAUUCAGAGCCUUCAGGCAAGGCUCAGUAAUGCUGCAGCUGAGCUGUCCAUCAAAGAGCAAACUCUGGCCAAGCUGAAGAGUGACUUGAAGAGUGAGAAGGAGAAAGCCAAAGAGCAGCUGGAGGAGUGGCAACACAGUGAGACCACUCUGAGCUCCCAGUUAAAAGCCAGUGAGCAAAAGCUGAAAAAUGCAGAGGCGCUGCUGCUGGAAAAGACACAGGAGCUGAGGGAUCUUGAAAUGCAACAGGCAUUGCAAAGGGACCACCAGAAAGAAGUGCAGCGGCUCCAAGACAGGAUUGCAGACCUGAGCAGGCAGCUGAAUGCUAGUGAACAGGCUCGGAUCCUAAUGGAGGAGAAGUUGCAGAAGAACUAUGAGGCUUUGUUGGAAAGCUGUGAGAAGGAAAAGCAGGUUUUAAUACAGAGUCUGAAGGAGGUGGAGGAUAAGGCCAGCGAGUACGAGAAUCAGCUUCAGAACAAUGAGCAGCAGAUGGAAAUUCUUCAGAAAGAGAAACUGAAUGCAAAAUUUGAAGGCAGCGAGAUUGUCCACCAGCUAGAGGAGCAACUGGAGAUGAAGGAGGCCAGCAUCCAGAAGCUUGCUGAGGACAUCAAGGAACUUGAAGGGGAGAGAGAUCAGAUCAAAUGUAGGUUCCAAGAGCUGAUGAAUCAGGUUGAAGAGUCAGAUAAUGAAGUUGCCAAGUUGCAAGCAAAGUUGAAAAUGGAGGAGACCAACUAUGAUAAGUUGGAGCAAUUGUAUGAGAAAGUAUCAGAUCAGUUCCAGAGCGUGCAGAAGGUGCUGGAAGAAAAAGAGGAAGAGCUGAGACACGUUAAGGAAAUGCACUUGAGAAUUGUUGAAAAGAAAGAUGAAGACCUCAAUGAGGCUUUGGUUAAAAUGGCAGCUUUGGGCAGCAGUUUAGAGGAAACAGAAGUAAGGCUACAGGCCAAAGAAGAGGUUUUAAAGAAGUUAGCUAAUGUGGACUCAGUACCGUGUGCUAAAGAGAGACAGGACUUCUGCACUAAUCUUGAGGCUGAUGAAAGUCACAUUCCAGACAUGCCAGCUCCUGAGGGGCUUCCAGGUUUGAAUUAUGCACUAAAGGAGGAGGAUGUUGAACGUCCUGAGACCAGCCAGAGACAGGCUGGUGAGCAUGCCAUGCUGAAUGCCGAAGAACUUAGGUCUCUGAAGUCUACAGAGCUUCAAGACAGAGAGCCACAACAGAAAGCCUUAGUGAAGCCUGAUAUAGGAACCCUAAGUGCCAAAAGGCAAAGAAUCCGCUUCUCAAACAUCCAAUGCCAAAAAUACAUCCAUUCAGAUGGGUCAGAGAAAAAUUGGACUAGUAGCACGUCUUCAGACACAAGCCAGGACAGAUCACUGUCUGAGGAAAGCAUGUCAUCAGAACCAGUUCUUGGUUACCUAGCCUCAGGAACCAGUGACUCUGAGACUUAUCUCUCAAUCAUCCAUUCCCUGGAAACCAAACUUUACAUCACGGAGGAAAAGCUCAAAGAUGUGUCCAUGAAGCUUGAAAGCCAGCAAGGCCAUAACCAGGAAACCCUGAUAGCCCUCCACCAUCAGUGGGCCAGCACAGAGUCCCAGCUUAGGGAACAGCUCCAAGCUAGCUUAUCCGAAGUUGGUGCUCUGGUUUCACAGCUGGAAAAUGAGAGACAGGAAAAGUUCAGAAUGAUAAAAAAUCAUGUCAAUGAGUUGGGAGACUUCCAAGUGAAAAAUGAUCAAACCCUGAUCUGUUUAGAAAAAUGCAGAGAACAGCUAAGGGCUUUACCCAAAUCUGACAAGGAGAAAGAGAGAGAUUUGUUUCUUACCACUCUGUCCAGCAUGGAAACCACCUUGUCAAAUGCAAUCCAGGUCUUGCAAGGGACACCCAUCUCCUCUGAUUAUCAGCAGAGUGAAAGCUAUGUGGCUCAAACUCCAGCUGCAGAAGAGAGUUUGCUGGAGGAACAGAAACUCAUUUCCCAGCAGCAGCAAGUUGAAAUGUCUGAUGGAGACCGGUUAAGAUUGCUUUCUGAGAGGAUAGCAUUUGAAGCCUCCCUGAUCAACCAAAUAGCAGAAUCUUUGAAAAAUACAAGCUCAGAGAUUUCCCAGAUUCUCAGAGAGAUUCAUGAGACAGCUGAGGUGGUUUUUUUAGAGCCAGCAAAUGUGUCACACGCAGCAAUUGCCUUGGCCAACGUCUUAUCUAAGAAGCUGCUACUGGAAGGUGAAUUUUGGAGCCAGGUAGAAGAAUUGAGAAAGCACUUGAGCACCAGAGAAGAGGCGGUAGAAAGUAAAACAGAAGCAGUUAGUUUUAGUUUUCCCCAAUGCCUUGUCCAAACAGUAGCUGAUGCUACAUUGAUCAGGGCAGAACUUGGUUUUGUUGCACAGAAGAUGCGAGAGUCUUUUCAUCAGAGGUUAAAAACAAUUGAAGAAGACCUCCACAAUACCAAAACAGCUCUCCAGCAACAUAAAUGCAUGUUGGAGGAAAUUAUCAAAGCAUAUAGAACCUCUGAAUUUGACAGGGUUAUGCAUCAGAUUUCUGAAGCACUUGAAAUCCAAAAGGAUGCUUCAGAAAGAACCCAAACCUCUUGGGAUAGGAGCCAUCUCAAGGUGAUGCCAUGUCAAGAUUCAGCCAAGAUAAUGCAGGCCCAUGGUUUGCCAGACCAUAGUAGUGAAGCACUUGUUGCCAUUCAAGAAGACCUUGCCCAACAACUAAAAGAAAAAGCAAAUGUUCUUAAAGAAAUAUCUGUUGCCUUACUAUCCUUGUCCCCUGAGGAAGCCAUACGUGAUUGCCAGAAGCUCCUAAAAAUUUCUCAACAUCUUUCAUAUCAUACGUCCAUAGGAGAUCUUGAGCGCUAUUCAUCAUUGUUAGUUCAAGAUGCAAUUAUCCAGGCUCAGGUUUGUUAUGGGGCUUUCAAAGUUAGACUCGAGUAUGAAAGGGAGCUAAAGUUUUACAAAGAGUCCUUGCAAAACAUGGAUGCUCUGUGUCAAGAACGCGUAAAGACGGUGUCCGCCCUUCGUGAGGAGUAUGAAGACUUGCUUCGAAAGCAACAGAGUGAAUAUGCCGAGAUGAUAGCCAUCAUUGAAAGAGAGAAUGUAGACCUUAAGGCAAAAGUCUCUCAGCUGGACAGUCAGCGGAGGCUCUUGGAAGAGGAGGAGCACAAACACAGCAAAAACUUACAUGAGUUACAAGGCAGGUAUGAGGAGGAGAUGCAAAAUGUGAUUGAGCAGUUGAAUAGGACGAAGGACACUCUGCAGGCAGAGAGAACAGAGGGCCUAAAUCAACUUGAUGCCAUCGUCCAAGAUAAGCAAAACAUGGAGACGUAUCACCUUGAGCAAAUGCAAAUGUUGGAGGAAAAGUUCCAGGCCAAGAUAAAGGAACUGCAGAUCAUCCACAACGAGGAACUGCAUACUUUGCAGGAACAUUACAACCAGAACCUGCAGUGCUUACAAGAAACACUAGAUGAUUACCAGAGGCAGCACCCAGAAGCCUUGCCUUCUGAAGGGUCUGAAACCAGUGACGGGAAUGAGUGGGCAACAGAUCAGCCCGAGGGUGGGAUGCAGGUCUCCGAGAGCGAGUUAAACUCCAUGCACGGUUUGAGAGAGCGCAUUCAAGAGCUGGAGGCCCAGAUGAAUGUCAUGAGGGAUGAACUGGAGAACAAGCAUGUGGAGGGGAAUGCUUCAGCACUGAGGGAAAAAUACCAGAAAGACUUUGAGAACUUGAAGGCGACAUGUGAACGUGGGUUUGCAGCCAUGGAAGAGACGCAUCAGAAGAAGAUUGAGGAUCUGCAGAGGCAGCACCAGCGGGAACUGGAGAAACUGCGGGAGGAGAAAGAUCGCUUGCUAGCCGAAGAAACAGCCGCUACCAUCUCGGCCAUCGAAGCCAUGAAGAACGCCCACCGCGAGGAGCUGGAGAGGGAGCUGGAGAAGACCCAGCGCUCCCAGAUCAGCAGCGUCAACUCGGAUAUUGAGGCCCUCAGGAAGCAGUACUUGGAGGAGCUGCAGUCAGUCCAGCGGGAACUGGAAGUCCUUUCGGAGCAGUACUCCCAGAAGUGCUUGGAGAAUGCUCAUUUGGCCCAGGCCCUGGAGGCUGAGAGGCAGGCCCUCCGCCAGUGCCAGCGAGAGAACCAGGAGCUCAACGCACACAAUCAGGAGCUGAAUAACCGCCUGGCUGUGGAGAUCACACGGUUACGGACCGGGGAGGGAGGGGGAGAGGCUGAUGGCUCACCUCUCACACAGGGGAAGGAUGCCUAUGAGUUAGAGGUCCUAUUACGGGUCAAGGAAUCAGAAAUCCAGUACCUGAAGCAGGAGAUCAGCUCCCUCAAGGAUGAGCUGCAGACAGCACUGCGGGAUAAGAAAUAUGCCAGUGACAAGUACAAAGACAUCUACACGGAGCUGAGCAUCGUGAAGGCCAAGGCAGACUGCGACAUCAGCAGGUUGAAAGAGCAGCUGAAGGCAGCCACAGAAGCGCUGGGCGAGAAAUCCCCCGAGAAUACCACUGUGUCGGGAUACGAUAUCAUGAAAUCAAAAAGCAACCCCGACUUCUUGAAGAAAGACAGAUCUAGUGUUAGCCGGCAACUAAGGAAUAUCAGGUCAAAGAGUCUGAAGGAAGGCCUGACCGUGCAAGAACGCUUGAAGCUCUUUGAAUCCAGGGACUUGAAGAAAGACUAGUUCUCCCCCUUCAGCUUGAACACCUCCCAGCUUGCGAUGGCACAGCACGAACACCACCUGUUCCUAGUUCCUUAUGAUCCUCUGUGCUGUUGUUCGUCUCGAUGCUCCUGAUCGGACUGAGUGCGGCUGGUGGUUCUUCCCACCCUGGCACCUUGACUCCACGGCUCCUUUCCCCGCAUCGAGAAAUGCUUCAGAGACUCUGCGAGGGAGAGGAGGGGAUGGAGUCCUGCCCCCUUUGGCUCCUUCCUUCACUGUAAACCAUUACACUAAGUGUCAGUAUUAAGGCUCAGCAGCCUAUCGAUAAGCUAGCUCUGUCAUACCGACUGCUUUGGUUUAGAAAUGGCUUGGCUGGCCUAGGCCAGACCCAGCUCUACUGCUGUGUGAGUGACCCGGUGCUCAGUCACACAUCGUGAGUCAGUCCUCUGAGCUUGCGUUCGUGGCAAAAAGCCUGUGGUCAAAACGUCAGGAAAGACAGGAUUGUUUGUGUCGGAAGCAGCCCCAUCCGUCAGGUGUGUGCUUGGGUCACACCACCAAUAGCCCACUAGCUGCCAGAGAAAAAUGAGGGGAGUCUUCUGGGAGGGUGGCUAGGGUUUGGGUUCUAUUCUCUCAACCCAGAACCCCAGCGGAUCUCGGCCUUGGCUUGUUUACAGUAUGUUACAGCCAGAGCGUUACAGAUGUUUGUUUAAACACAGAUUUCAACCAAAUCCGCCCCGAAGGCCCAUCUCCUCUCUUCCUAUCAUGCCCGUGCCCUGAGCAAUGUGCUUCCAGGGACCGAGCUGCAGGGCCUGUCUACCCAAAUCCAGCCCCCUCCAGCCACUCUCCCUUCUUCCCAUCAGCCACUGUGUGUGUGAGCGCUUCCCUGUCCCGUUCUGAGGGGGGAUACUGCGCGGCAGACAGAGCCCACGCUGGCUGCGAACACACACAGCUCAGUCCAAAGGCAGCUCCCUGAUUUCAGCUCCUCUCACCAGCCAACAGCUGAUUUUAAUACUUGUAUCUAUGGCUACAUUUUACUUUUCAAAGCUCUGCUCCAAACUAAGAGCCUCAGAACUUGCCUGUUCUCCAGACCAUCCAUACUGCAGCUUCUCAAGACAUCUUCCUGCCUGCUCCCAGCUCCUGAAUGAGGAUCACUCUUAAAAGUCCAUUUAGCAACACUGCGCAGCAUGAGACCAAUGGAGUGAAGUAAAAAUGAGUGAGGGAAUUGCGGGAACCCAGCGGUGGAGGUGCAGCAUUAAACCAGUGUAGCUUGGCAAAGGGGAGGGGGAAAGAAUCUCUCGUCCUGUAGGUCCUCAAUCAUCUCUGCAGUGGCCCUGAUGGCAACAGCAUUCACGUACUUUCUCCCCUGUACGCCUCCUUGCUUCUGUGCCCUGCGCCACCGAUUGACAAGACAACUGCUGCCUCAACUCUGAGACUAAGGCAUUUUCCAACACAAGCAGUUUCUGACUGAGCUUGGCUAUCUAGUGUGGACAGGUCUAAAUCACAUUGGACUGUGCCCUUAACUCUGUAGGGAGCCAGGCUACUGCCUCUCUCAAAUUGUGUCUAAAUACAGUUCCUCGCUAGCUGUACUUGUUUGGCCAGCUUGGUUAAGGGGUAGUGCCCCUCGCAAGCCUGCCCAGUGCUCUGAUGCCCUCUGCCCCAGGAAUGCUCAGUGUAAUCUGGAAGGCUUUGUUUACAAAGGGCCAUUUGGAGCCGCCGUGUGCAGAGUGGCGGCCAUGCCUGACCCUGGCAGCAUGCAGGGCCAAUGGGGGAGUUUCUAACCUGCUUUGACAGGGGUUGGACAAUCCGCCUGACUUUCCUUUGUGAUUAUGGAACCACUGGCUAAAGCAGGUUUGAAACUCAUUUCUGGUCUCUCUCAUCGGCCACCCAUGUUGCCACAGUCCCCAAGGAUCUCCCGCCUUGCCAAGAUGGCUUCCGCCAUGUUGGGAUGUCAUGAUUCUCAGCAGACUUCUUAGCUCUGCCUUC